CCAUAGUACCAUUUCAAAUUUCUUUCAUGACGGAUUGACGAUUCGUUCAUGUCGAUUCAAUUGUGUUUUAAGUUUGGUUGAAAGUGAUAUGUUUGUGGCGUGGUGAUUUGUGUAAAUUGUUUGGUAUAUUUUAAUGUAAAUAACCUACGAACGAAUUGUUAGCAAACAUGAUAUAUUUAAAUUAAAAAAUAGAGCUAUAUCCAUACGAUAAAAUGAAUUUGACAAAAAAGUAUUCUGUAAUUCCAAGAAUUCUUUUUCCAAAAACAGGUUUUUUGAGUUUUCAGGGUCAUUACGUAAAUAGAAAUAAAGGCAGUCAUGAUCAUUGCCAUGGGUUAAAUCAACAGACGCGUUCUUUCAUCAGCUUUUCAAGGCCCUCUCGAACAAGAAAAUACUCUGGCAGGCAGUUAGUAGGGUACACCAUGGAUCAAAUGUUCGAAGUGGUUUCAGAUGUUGGAAGUUACUACCAGUUUGUACCCUGGUGUAAAAGAUCAGUUGUGCUCAAGAAGACACCUCAAUUUCUUCAAGCAGAUUUAAUUGUUGGAUUUCCGCCUAUAAAUGAAAGCUACACCUCUAAGGUGACUCUAGUCAGGCCUCAUUUAGUGAGAGCUGAAUGUAUGGAUGGCAAAUUGUUUGAUCACAUGCUAACACUAUGGCGAUUCAGCCCAGGCUUAAAAAGAGAACAGCAGUCAUGUGUUGUUGAUUUCCAAAUCACCUUCCAAUUCAAAUCAGUGUUCCAUUCUCAUCUAUCGAAUUUAUUUUUUGAUCAAGUCGCUAGGCAAAUGGAGGGAGCGUUUAUAAAAGAAGUAGAAAGGCGUAACGGACCUGCAACUAUGCAACCAAGAAACCUUCUAGUUAACACCAAUACCAAUCAUGCCCUUAAAAGUUGACACUAUUAGAGACAUAACUAGACAAAUUUAUGUAUUUAUUUAUUGUAAUUGUGAUAUUUGAAAUGUAUAGUGAG